AACUUUAAGUUUUUAUGUUGGUCAUAUCUGACACACACCUGAUACAUUGAGGUUAUGUUUUUAACAAUAUACAAUAUUAAUUAAAAUGAAUUUCUUGAAUAAAAUAACGUAUUUUAAUAAAACGAUUAUUUUUUCACCAAUCAAUCGGUUAAUACUUCAAAGGAAUUAUGCAAAAAAAGACACCGCAGCUGUAAGCAUGCUCGGAACUGGUAUGAAAAAGAAAAAAGGGAAAUUAGGGCCAGUGGCUGAAAAAAAAAUCUUGCCUGUUGAAACGGACGUGAAUAAAUUGGUUAAUUUUGUUUGCGGAUCAAAUAUAUUAAAGACAGGAGAAGAUGUAAAAUUGUUACCUGAUAAUGAAUACCCAGAGUGGUUGUGGAAUUUAAGAACUGGGCCAGCUCCUAAAUUAGAAGAAUUAGAUCCUAAUAGUUUAAAAUAUUGGAGAAAAGUGAGGAAAAUGGCUUUAAGAAGAAAUAAUAAAUUGGCUUCUUUAAAGAAAUUUUAAACAACCAUCCCAUAAUUUAUUAAUUAGUUUAAAAUAAAUAAUAAAAAAUU